AUGGUGCAUCGUAAAAAGAACCUCUUGAAGUUGAAUCCAAAGGUCAAGCCUUUCAGCAAUUUGGUGCCAUCAGCUCAAACCAAAAAGAACAAACAGCAUUGGAAAAGAAAUACAGAUAGAAAAUGUGGAACAUGUCCAACCCUCGAGAAGAACUUCGACGACAUAAAGCACACAACUUUAUCUGAACGUGGGGCACUAAAAGAAGCAGCGAGAUGCCUUAAAUGUGCGGACGCUCCGUGCCAGAAAUCCUGUCCUACCCAAAUUGAUGUUAAAAGUUUUAUCACCAGCAUCGCAAAUAAGAAUUAUUAUGGGGCAGCUAAAGCAAUAUUGUCGGACAAUCCCCUUGGACUCACGUGUGGCAUGGUGUGUCCGACUAGUGAUCUAUGUGUGGGUGGAUGUAACUUGCACGCGAGUGAGGAGGGCGCUAUCAAUAUCGGUGGCUUGCAGCACUUUGCCGUUGAUAUAUUUAUGAAAAUGGGAAUCUCUCAAACGCUAGAUCCUAAUAUGAAACCGUUAGCGAAAGGAGGAAAUCAAAAGAUCGCACUAAUAGGCGGAGGACCAGCCAGCUUGAGCUGCGCAUGCUUUCUCGCCAGACUCGGAUACAAGAACAUUACUGUGUAUGAAAAGGAGAAAUAUCUAGGAGGUCUUAGUUCAUCUGAAAUCCCUCAAUAUCGUCUUCCCUACGACGUAGUUCAGUUUGAAAUAGAUCUAAUUAGAAACCUUGGAGUCAAAUUUGUGACUGGACGAAAACUCUCUUCAAAGGAUCUAACUGUUGAUGGUCUUUUAAGAGAUGGUCAUGCGGCAGUCUUUCUAGGUAUUGGUUUACCAGAACCAAAAAAUGUGCCUAUUUUUAAAGAUUUGACUACAGAUAUGGGAUUUUAUACGAGCAAGGACUUUUUACCACUUGUAUCGAGAGGAAGUAAACGAGGAAUGUGCGCUUGCAAAUCAGCAUUACCGGAGUUAUACGGCAAUGUCAUAGUGCUGGGCGCUGGCGAUACCGCGUUCGAUUGUGCUACAUCGGCCUUGCGUUGCGGCGCGAGGAGAGUGUACGUCGUGUUCCGCAAAGGUUUCACCAAUAUACGAGCUGUGCCUGAAGAGGUCGAUUUGGCAAAAGAAGAAAAAUGUGAAUUCGUACCGUUCAUGUCUCCACAAGAAGUUAUAGUCAGAGAUGGAAAGAUUGCAGCACUAAAAAUGUGCCGCACUGAACAGUUAGAUAAUGGCGACUGGAUAGAAGAUCAAGAUCAAAUUUUGCAGUUAAAAGCUAAUUUUAUCAUAUCCGCUUUUGGAUCUGGACUUUAUGACACAGAUGUUAAAGAAGCAAUGGCAGGUGUGAAACUUAACCGCUGGGGGCUACCGGAAGUAGAUAGUAAUUCUAUGCAAAGUGUCAGCCAAUCACAAGUAUUUGUUGGAGGAGAUUUGGCCGGCGUUGCAGAAACUACAGUUGAAUCUGUAAAUGACGGCAAGACGGCAGCUUGGUACAUGCAUUGUUAUUUACAGGGUAUCCCAUUCGAUUCACCAGUCGAGCUACCAAAGUUCCACAGUCCGAUAGACGAAGUAGAUCUCUCCGUAGAGGUGUGCGGCAUAAAGUUUGAGAACCCGUUCGGUCUCGCGAGCGCGCCGCCCACCACCAGCUCGGCCAUGAUCCGGCGCGCCUUCGAGCAGGGCUGGGGCUUCGUUGUCACUAAGACUUUUGGCUUGGAUAAAGAUUUAGUAACUAAUGUGUCACCUCGAAUUGUCCGUGGUGUCACUUCUGGUGAAAACUUUGGUCCUGGUCAAGGUUCUUUUCUGAAUAUCGAACUUAUUUCUGAGAAAUGUGAAGCGUAUUGGUGUCAGAGUAUAAAAGAGUUGAAGAAAGAUUUUCCUACAAAGGUGGUGAUUGCUUCGAUUAUGUGCUCAUAUAACGAGUCUGAUUGGACGGAAUUAGCACAAAAAGCCGAAGCAUCCGGAGCUGAUGCAUUAGAACUUAAUUUAUCUUGCCCACAUGGCAUGGGUGAAUCUGGUAUGGGGUUAGCUUGUGGACAGGACCCCGUACUGGUGAAAGGAAUAUCUCAGUGGGUACGGAAAGCAAUUAAAAUCCCAUUCUUCGUUAAACUGACCCCGAAUAUUACGGACAUUGUUAGUAUUGCCACGGCAGCUUACGAAGGUGGCGCAAGUGGCGUGUCAGCUAUCAACACGGUUUCCGGGUUGAUGUCAGUCAGAGCUGACGCUACUCCGUGGCCCAAAGUUGGCCGCGAAAAAAACACAACCUAUGGUGGAGUAUCUGGGAAUGCAACUCGUCCAAUGGGACUACGAGCUGUGUCUGCGAUCGGCAACAAGUUGCCCGGCUUUCCCAUAUUGGGUAUAGGGGGUAUAGAUUCCGCAGACUCCGCUAUGCAGUUUAUUAUGUGUGGAGCGCCCGUUGUACAGAUAUGCAGUGCUGUACAAAACCAAGACUUUACGGUAGUAGAAGAUUACAUAACCGGGUUGAAGGCGUUAUUAUAUCUCCGAACUCGAGGUCUCUCAGGAUGGACCGGUCAGUCACCGCCAACUGUGAAACAUCAAAAAGGAAAACCUGUGCAGACUCUAUAUGAUGACGGCGGAAAAGUUCUCGCCCACUUUGGUCCAUACAAUAAAAAACGUGAAGAAAUUCUUCACAAGAUGAGGCUUCAAUCAGAUAUAUUAGGAGAUAAUCAAGUAGAUUGUCCAUUAUCCAAUAACAACAUAACAAAUGGAUAUGCUAAAGUACCAAAAAUUCAAGAUAUCUUAGGCGAAGCUCUACCAAGGAUCGGUGCUUAUAAGGUUUUAGAUAAUACAAAACAAGUGGUUGCUCUCAUUGAUGAUGAUAUGUGUAUCAAUUGUGGCAAAUGCUAUAUGGCGUGUGCAGAUUCUGGCUAUCAAGCUAUCGAAUUUGAUGAGGAGACGCAUAUUCCACAUGUAACUGAAGAUUGUACGGGUUGUACUCUAUGUUUGUCCGUUUGCCCCAUCGUAGACUGUAUAUCUAUGGUGCCAAAAACAAUUCCCCACAUUAUAAAAAGAGGUCUGCAUUAUGAAAUACACCCAGUGUCACCUUUACAUGGAGUAUGCCAG